GUACGUGAUGUGUCCAUCGACUUGACUUCUCUCUCAAGAGUCUGUCUGUACAUUCACCGUCACACGAUGCGAGGCGAUGCAGCCCUCCACAUGCACACUCCCUCACUCGCCAUGCAGCUAAAUGAUGGAUGCCCCACCCAUCAUUCACCGUCUACGACACUCCGACCCCCUUUGUCGGGCAGCAGAGCUAAUCCAAGGCAUUUAUAGGUACAAUAGGUCGCCUCACGUCGCCUCGCCCAUCAGUCACGUCACGUCUCCGCCUACUCCUCCUCCAUCGCAUCAUCCCCGCGCACCUCAGAGGCCACCCACAUCGGAUGUGCGACGCCAUGCACCGCAGCCAGGGCCUCCGUUGUCGCCCUCACGCCACUGUGCACGGCCCCGUGGACACACUGGUUGCCCGACACACUGAUGUCAAAGACAGACACAUCGGAAGGAAAAGGCGGAUAUAUGACUCGGCGAGGCCUCAACAACACAUAUAUGGCGCCGAUCUCAUCUGCCCUCCUCACUCAUCUCACCUGGUGGCCUCGCCCGCGAAGAAGACGGCAGGUCGCGUGUCGACCCCGUUCUUGGAGUCGGGCUCCGGGUGAGCCGUGGCGAGCUCCUCAAUGUGCUCGAGGCUGCCCCCCGGCCGAUAGUAGCUGUAGGACCCCAGCGAGAAGACGUCCGUGUCCCACUGAGUCACCUCGACGUCGACCAGCAGCGACCGCAGCGACGAGACGGACAGCCGGGUGUCGUUGGUUGCCAUUGUGCUGAGGACCUCGAGGGCCUUGGUGACCGUCUGCUCUCUGUUGACGUUGAAGUGACCGAAGAGAUGACCUACCUGAAUGAACAGGGAGAGCGAAGCAUAGCACACAGAGACGAAGGUCACGACAGCCUCGUGUGUGUGUGUGUGUGUGUGUUGCGUGUGCGCUGCGCACCAGUGUAUUAGUCGCCUUGGUGGGGUCGAAUGCGUGGAGGUUCAUGAACUGCACGGACUCGUCAGGUGUGUUGAGGAACUGGGCGGUCUCGUCCCAGAAGCACUCCUUGAAGCGCAGUAUCACCUUGUUGUGUCCCCCGCCGCCCAGCCGCCCACACGCCUCCCUCUUGGCCUCGCUGAGUGGUGGGUCGAAGACGAUACGCGAACGGGACGUGUUGCUGGGGUUGAGCACGCCCACGGGCACCGUGACGACCGCCUUGAGCGCACUAUACACCUCCCCUGCCUCGGUCGUCACCUCCACGUGGUGGGACCCCUCGACGAUGCACACACGAUUGACGGCAGUGUUGAGGGAGAUGUUGUCCUGAAGAUCGGCCGACUGGACGAGUAAGUCGGGCAGCCAGCUGUAGCCCCGCGUGUUCAGACGGUCACCGAUGGUCAGCUGACAUGAUACACACACAGACAGACAUGGUGGGUGGAUUAGUGGCUGUCUGGCACAUCGGAUCAACUUCUCACCUUGUGAUCGAGAUUGGAGUUCUUGAAGGGGUCGUAACUGCCUGCCUUGGCCCGCUUCUCCCUCCGCUUCUUCUCCCUGACCCGCCAGCCACUGCCGCUUGUCUUUCGCCUCUUGCUACUGGGGGUGACCGCCUCGCUGUCCCCGUCGUCCUGCCCGCCAUCGCCGUCGUCCUCGCCCUCCCCACGCUCCCCUGUGUCGCCUCUCAGACGCGCAAUAUCGUCGCCCGUCAGCUUGAAGAGAUCAAGCGUCGAGUAAGCCUCCAGGCCCUCCACGUCCAUGCCCAUGAAACCGUCAGACGACGAUGACGACGCUGCCGAACCGCCAGCCUGGCCGACAGGUGCGUGGUGCUGGCCGUCGUAGAGCGAGAGGGGUGGUGUGGGGAUGGGCAGGAAGCCCUGGCCCCUCUGGUAGCUUUUCAUGUAGGCCGUGUCGGCCGACACACGCACCUUGAGGCGCCCCUCGUCCACCAGCCGAUGGGGCCCAUCCGGCAACCGCAGCUCACCCAGCUGGGCCAGCGAGGGCAGCAGCGCCAGGUCGGCCAAACUGCAGUUGUAGCCAAACAUGCGCUGAGCGAUCUUGCUGCCCAUCUGCCGAAUCAGCGCCAGCUCCCUCUCGUCCCUCUCCGCCUGAUCGGCCGCCAGUGAUGCCGCCUGCUCACGGGCGCGGCUGGUCUUGCGCCGGUUGCGCUUCCUCUCGUCGGCCCGUCGCUGCUCCUCGCGCGCCUGUGCCUCGUCGUUGAGGGCGUGGUUGAGGGCAAUGCCAAACCAGUCUUGGAAGGAGCUGCUGCCGGACGGUGGGAAUGGGGGAAGGGCCGCCAUGUGGGCGGGGAAGGGGCCUGGCGAUGUGGUGGCUUGGUCCUCCUUGUGCUUCUGGGCCACCAUGUGUGCCAUCGCCCGCUCUAUCAACAGAAGCGCCCUGAAACAUCAUUAUUGGAAAGGGCGUCCACGCAUGGACGGUCGGCCGUGGAUGCAUAGAUCAGCUAAUGAGUGUGGGUUACUUGAUGAUGACGGCCUGUGGAAUCUGCCGUCCUUGCUCGUCAUACCAGUUCGCAAACUCGGUCGGCUCCCACUUGCCGCCUGCAUGACAUAGACAGACAGGGAGGGGAAACAGAUGGUGUAGUUACUGCUGGUGGUGGUGGUGGUUGGUGGUGGUGAAACGACGAACAACAGCUGCGUCACUGUGUCGCUCACCCAUCACAGCAGAAGUUUCGAUGCCGAGUGCCGCCGCCAAAUCCCAGGGAUAGUGCGGAUCUCCUGGUGCAACGUGCAGCCAGUUGGCGCCAAGAUCCACCUGCAGUGCACCACACAGACGGACAGAGACAGAUGGGUGGGUGUCCUGUAUGCACAUGAGGCGGGCGGAGAAAAGGGAGUCGGAAAGCCUGUUGCGUUGCGGUUCACUCACCUUGGUCUCAGGCAGGCUGUCUUUGGCAGGGAGUGUCUUGGUGUGGAUGCGGCCGCCAACCCUGAAGAAAGAACACGACACAACACAACAAGGAAGGAAGGAAGGCACAUACAUACAAACAUACAGACAUGCGAACAUCUAUCAACUGGACGGACAAGUAAGUCGUCAAUCGUUGCUUCGUUUCUCACCUGUCCCUUCCCUCCAAGACGAUGACCCGAUACCCCCGCCUCUUGAGCAUAGCUGCAGCCGUCAGACCAGCAACUCCAGCACCCACAACGAUAAAGUGUGCGUCGACACCGCCAUCCCCACCACCACCCCGCACCAGCGGCGGCACAUCGAUGCCCUGCCUAUCCAAGCCGGCCAUGAAGUUAAGGACGUCGUCAUUCUGGCACGACAUGGGCUCGCGCGGCGGGCUACCUUGCCGCUUGCCGGACGGCUUGCAUGCUGCGGGGGCUGGAGGCGAUCGCCCUCUCUUCCGUGAUGGCAGCAGCUCACCAUCACCAUCCUCAUCGCCAUGCCCACCUCUGCCGCCCCUCUCGCCCGGGUCACUGUCGCCCCCGCUCGAGUGAUGCUUGGUGGGCGGCGUCUUGUGGCAGCCACGCUGAGGCCUUGACACUGCUAUCCAUCCCGUCGCAUACGCCGGGUCGUCAUAUGGGAGAUCCUCCUGCUGCUCCGUCUGCUCCCGGUCGGUCGUCUCCCUCAUAUUGACUGCACCAGGGGCGUCUUCGGGCCGAAACUGAGGAACAGGGGGAGAGAUCUCCGGCGUGGCCAGUGCCGUCGUCAUGGAUGCCACCACUGCUGCCUCGUCUGCCGCGCCUUCGUCUUCUCUUGGCCGCCUGGUCGGACGGUCGGAGGGCGGACAGGUGCAGGGGGCCCUGUGGGACUGCUGACACGGGGAGGGCUGAUGGUUGCUCGUGUUAGCGACGGGCGCGGCGGCUGAGCCCGAUGAAUUGAUCAGAUCAUAGGACGAAGACGUGGUGAUGGCAGCUGGUGGUUGAUGAGUCGGCUCGACUGUCCUGUCUGCGGCCGCCUCCCCAGUGGCCUCCUGUGCCGCUUGUUCUGAUGAAAUGGGAGGGACGUCCAUCAGAGCAGGUCGUCCGUGCGGUCGUGUAGAUAGCAGCCGGCAGUUUCGGCGUGUAUUCCGUCUGAGUGAUGCUAUGAUGUUACGAAUGUUCUGCGGACGUCAAAGA